AUGGGUGCACUCACCCUAGAUAAAGCACUUCUACUGCUAAGAGACUUCCUUGUGGUCUGGAUCAGCCAGAUUCUCUACUACAACCACAUUUACGAAGAUAACGCGUAUGAAAAACGCCAGUAUCUCGACGUGGUGGUGACCCAGAGCCGUGUGCCGGAUCUCAGCAAGUACUUGGAAUCGUUUGCCAAUCUGAUGGUACGCGUUUUGGUGGAGAAGGCCAGCGGAGGAAAAGUUCACGAGGUUAUUGUGGUGAUCUACGAUGAGUCAAAAUUACACGUUCACAAGCGGUAUGUGGCCAACUUCAGCCAGUUUGUGGGCCUUGCAGAUAAGAUCUCUCUGAUGGACUUUCUUGAUGGAGCUAUUGAUGUCCAUGUAGCCAAGGUGAAUGUUCCAGACAUGACAUGGACCAAUCUUCACAAUAGUAUGCGGAGCAUGAUGUUUUACCAUGUGGAGGAGCUCAAGCGCACAGAGGAGGCUGCACCCAAUGACUAUUUCUUCAAGCUAUUGCUCAAUGUGGAUGGAGAGGUGCAGCUAAAUUCUAGCGAUACUACAUGGGUCCAGCUAACUUCGCAGAAUGAUUCCAGGCCAGCAAAAUACGUGCUGGUGGGCGAGAUGGACGUGGGGUUCUUGUGUUUUGACCUCCAUAACGAAUAUGUAAUGCGCUGA